CUGUUGCUUACUUGACGUUUAAUAACUAGUGGUCGUGUUCACUCUCACCACUUAGUUUCACUUGUUUACUAUAUUGAUGUGCACUUGUUUGCUACGUGUUUUAUGGAUUUCAAGUAACUAACAAUUAAGCAAUGACUGACAAAGAUUAUGCGCCCUUAAGCGCAGCUUGCGUGCGUGCCCUGCACGAUAAACUCUAUGAUAAACGAAAGUUAGCCGCCCUAGAAAUCGAAAAAAUGGUGAAGGAAUUCCACCAGUUCAAUAAUACAAUGCAAAUUAAUCGGCUGCUCAAAGUUCUGGGUCAGGAUUUUGCUGCGUCUGCGAAUCCUCAUGCAAAAAAGGGAGGAUUGAUUGGUCUUGCUGCUGUAUCAAUUGCUCUGGGCAAGGAAUCUAGUCAAUAUAUUGAAGAUCUUAUAAAGCCAAUACUUGCCUGCUUCUCUGACGCGGAUCUACGUGUACGUUAUUACGCUUGUGAGAGUCUCUACAAUGUAAUUAAAGUAGCCAGAGGCUCAGUUCUGCCUUACUUAUCAGUCAUUUUCAAAAAAUUAAGUAUAAUAGCAACAGAUCCCGAGCAAAGCGUGAAAAACGCAUCGGAAUUACUCGAUAGACUCAUGAAAGAUAUCGUGACGGAGAGUUGUGCAUUCGAUCUGGAAGGAUUCAUGCCUUGUAUUAGAGAGAAACUCUACGCGAAGAGCCACACGACAUUCUCACGACAAUUCAUUAUUUCAUGGAUUUCUGUUUUGGAUGCAGUGCCUGACAUUGAUUUGAUUGUAUAUCUACCUGAAUUGUUAGAUGGAUUGUUUACUAUCUUGGAUGAUCCGAAUCAAGAGGUUCAGAAGAUGUGUGAGACUGUUUUGGGAGAGUUUAUGAGGAAUAUUAAGAGUGAUCCGAGUCGCGCGGACUUUGCGAGCAUGAUUAAUAUAUUGAUUAUUCAUGCACAAGAAAAAGGAGAUUAUUCUGUACAGUUCACCGCAAUAACAUGGAUAAAAGAAUUCGUUCAACUCUCCGGCCCCUUGAUGUUACCAUACAUGUCCGGCAUUUUCAAGGCGGUUCUACCUUGUUUGUCUUACGAUUCGGACGCACGGAGAAUGACAGAUAUAAAGGAAACCGCCACCGCUGUGAAUUUCACCCUGAUGAAACUCAUAACACUGAAAGACGAACAGAACGACGGACGACACGCAUCGCAAGAUGGCGUCGUAUGCAAACUCGACUUGGAGAAAGUCCUCGACGUAUUGACACAGUAUUUAUCCUACAAUUCGGUUCAGACGAAAGUCGCAGUCUUGCGAUGGAUUCAUCAUCUCUACACUAAUCUGGAGGAAGAAAUGGAUAGUCAUGUGAUUGAUUUAUUGUUUCCUGCAUUGACGAGAACAUUGUCGGAUUCGGCGGAUGAAGUUGUCCAGCAGUGUUUGAUUGUUAUCGCUGAUAUUAUUAAAAUUAAAGAAUCUGAUAAAACCGGAGAAGUAACAUACUCGAACAUAGCAAAUUCUAACGUUUACGCAAGUCAAUUCCUGCGAGAUUUGGCGAGGACAUUCAAAUAUGACAAAACUCUGCUUGAAGAACGCGGUUCUUUUAUUAUCAGACAAUUAUGUGUGCUGCACAAUGCUGAAUUCAUCUACUGGCAACUUUCGCAAAUCAUUUGCGAUGAAGAAAACUUGAAAUUUACAAGUUUGAUGGUGGAACAUUUGAAUAUGAUUCUAAUGACAUCGUCGGAGUUGUAUGAAAUGCGGAAUAAGCUUAAGAAUCUGAACGAUCGAAUGAGUCGCAGUCUAUUUGAGAGUUUAUAUGAGUUAUGGUGUCAUAAUCCAGUCGCGACGAUAUCGUUCUGUCUGCUCGCACAGUGUUACAACCAUGUUUGUGAUCUUAUCAAACAAUUGGGAAAUAUGGAUAUCACAGUUAGUAAUUUGACUGCCAUUGAUAAAUUAGUUCAGUUGCUGGAAUCUCCAAUUUUUGCUUAUUUACGACUUGAAUUAUUGGAUGUGCCGUGUGAUCGUAAUCUGGUGCGAGCAUUGUAUGGAUUGUUAAUGCUCCUGCCACAAACCGACGCUUUUCAUACGCUGAGGACGAGGCUGAGUUGCAUUCCAAGUUUGCAUUUACAUUGUGAUAAUCAAAGUCAAACUGAAAUCAGAUCAGUCCCGACGCGAAUGUCCGACAUAAACUUCGAGAAAUUACUAAAACAAUUUAUCGAGACGCAGCAACGUCACGAAUUGUACAAAAAAGCGCAACGUGCCAAAGAAAUCGUAGCCUUAGACAAGGAGAUGAGUAAUUCAGAGGUUUAACAGAUAGUAUUUAAAAAUACAGUAAUUAUCAAGUUGUUAAAAACUUACGACACUCAUCAAAAGUUGAUUUAUACAAAUUGCAAAUUUAUUUACUUUUGUUGUACAGUUAAACAAAUGAAAUGCAUUUGUAUGAAACGAA